GGGGUUUACAGACAGAGAUGUUAUAUUCCGGACAGCCGCGCAGUCGUGGCGGAGAGAAGAGGCUGAAGAGCCGGCUGGGGUAGGAAGCCGAACUUGGAGAAUCCAGGGGAGGCUGAGAACAAAACCCCCCUCCCAGUUUUCCUGGUGAUGGAGGACAGCAUGGAGCAGAUGAGGCCGCUCCUCACAUCUGGCAACGAUGAGGAGGCCGUGUUGGACCAGGGCAAGACCAGCUCCACCCUGCACACCAACUUUGAGAAGGAGGAGCUGGAGAGCCACAGAGCCGUGUAUGUCGGCGUUCACGUCCCUUUGGGCCGUCAGAGCCGGAGGCGGCACCGCCACAGAGGACACAGACAUCAUCGGAAACGGCGGGACCGCUCUGACCGGGAGGAUGGGCGAGAAUCUCCGUCUUAUGACACGCCGUCCCAGAGGGUCCAGUUCCUGCUCGGCACGGAGGACGACGACGAGGAGCACAUCCCCCACGACCUGUUCACCGAGCUGGACGAGCUGGCCUUCAGAGACGGGCAGGCCCAGGUGUGGAAGGAGACGGCCAGGUGGCUGAAGUUCGAGGAGGACGUGGAGGACGGCGGCGAGCGUUGGAGUAAACCCUACGUGGCCACUCUGUCCCUGCACAGCCUGUUCGAACUGCGGUCCUGCAUCCUGAACGGCACCGUGCUGCUCGACAUGAGAGCCAACUCCAUCGAGGAGAUUGCAGACAUGGUGAUCGACAGCAUGCUCGCCUCCGGCCAGCUGGAGGAGGAGCUGCAGGACAAGGUGAGGGAGGCCCUGCUGAAGCGUCACCACCAUCAGAACGAGAAGAAGCUGAGCAACCGCAUCCCGCUGGUCCGCUCCUUCGCAGACAUAGGGGAGGGCCUCUCCUCCUCACGCCCCUCCCUCUUCCGCCGCCCCUCCCAGGCCUCCUGCUGCACCCCUCCCCCGUCCCCCCGUGCAUCCUACGUGUUUGGACGCCUCCUCUCUGGCCACUCCUCCUUCCCCCGCAGCGCUCCCACCCUUUACGGCCAGAACAGGCACCUGUCGGAGCCCCUCCCACCUGGACUGAGCCUGCCUCUUCAUGGCCACGCCCCCUCAGGAGGAGCUCCACGCCGCCGCUCUGCCCCGGAGAAGCUGAUUGGAGGAGAUGGGAUUCCUGAGGUGCUGAUUUUCCCUCCUGAGGAGGAGACAUUUACCCCGGAUGAGGUCCAAAACCAGCAGGCUCCUAGGGGCCAAGCAGGGCUGCUGGCGUCGCCUCAGUCGGCUCCAGGGAACCUUGACAACAAAAUCAGCGAAGGGCGCAUCAGUGGAGGCAGCAGGGAGAACAGCACGGUGGACUUCAGCAAGGUGGACAUGAACUUCAUGAAGAAGAUCCCUCCUGGAGCGGAAGCCUCCAACGUUCUGGUUGGAGAAGUGGACUUCUUGGAACAUCCAAUAAUCGCCUUUGUCCGCCUCUCCCCGGCCGUGCUGCUGACGGGGCUCACUGAGGUCCCCGUACCCACCAGGUUUCUGUUCCUGCUGCUCGGCCCAUUUGGUAAAGGCCUGCAGUACCACGAGAUCGGACGCUCCAUUGCCACGCUGAUGACGGACGAGGUCUUCCAUGACGUGGCCUACAAGGCAAAGGACCGGAACGACCUGCUGUCCGGAAUCGACGAGUUCCUAGACCAGGUCACCGUGCUACCGCCGGGAGAGUGGGAUCCCAGCAUCCGGAUCGAGCCGCCCAAGAACGUCCCGUCUCAGGAGAAGAGGAAGAUACCGGCGCUGCCAAACGGCUCCACCCACUUCUCCGAAGCGGUGAAGGAGAUGGAGCAUCACACGGGCCCAGAGCUGCAGAGGACCGGCAGGAUCUUCGGAGGCUUGAUGAACGACGUCCGCAGAAAAGCGCCGUUCUACUGGAGUGACAUCAAAGACGCGCUGAGUCUGAAGUGUUUGGCCUCCAUAUUGUUCCUGUACUGCGCCUGCAUGUCACCCGUCGUCACGUUUGGAGGGCUGCUGGGAGAGGCCACCAAAGGGAACAUCAGCGCCAUCGAGUCUCUGCUCGGGGCUUCCAUGACAGGUGUGGCCUACUCCCUGUUCUCCGGUCAGCCUCUCACCAUCCUCGGGAGCACCGGCCCGGUUCUGGUGUUCGAGAAGAUCCUCUUCACAUUCUGCUCUGAGUUCCAGCUGUGCUACCUGUCCCUGAGGACCAGCAUCGGGUUGUGGACGGCCUUCCUCUGCAUCCUGCUGGUCGCCACUGACGCCAGCGCCCUGGUCUGCUACAUCACCCGCUUCACAGAGGAGGCGUUCGCCGCCCUCAUCUGCAUCAUCUUCAUCUACGAGGCGCUGGCCAAGCUGGUCCACCUGGGGGAGCAGUUCCCCAUUAACAUGCACAACCAGCUGGACAAUCUCACCUUCUACACGUGUCGUUGUUCUCCUCCUUCCAACGCGUCUGCUGAGGUCCAAAGGUUCUGGAGCAGCAUGAACCUGACGUUGGACACCAUCGAGUGGGAGCAGCUGAGUGUGAAGGAAUGCAGGAACUGGAAGGGACAGUUUAUGGGGUCGGCAUGCAGCAGCAACGGGCCUUACGUUCCUGACGUCCUCUUCUGGUCCGUCAUCCUCUUCUUCACCACUUUCUUCCUCUCCUCCUUCCUCAAACAGUUGAAGACCAAAAGAUAUUUCCCCACCAAGGUCAGGGCGACCAUCAGUGACUUCGCCGUCUUCCUGACCAUCAUGAUUAUGGUGCUGCUGGACUAUCUGGUGGGCGUUCCUUCUCCCAAGCUGCAUGUUCCAGACCGCUUCCAGCCCACCUCCAUCAAUCGCGGUUGGCUGAUAUCUCCGCUGGGAACGAACCCCUGGUGGACCCUGCUGGCUGCCGCCAUCCCGGCUCUGCUCUGCACCAUCCUGAUCUUCAUGGACCAGCAGAUCACCGCCAUCAUCAUCAACAGGAAGGAGAACAAGCUGAAGAAAGGCUGCGGGUACCACCUGGACCUGCUGGUGGUGGCCGUCAUGCUGGGCGUGUGCUCCAUCAUGGGCCUGCCCUGGUUCGUGGCGGCCACCGUUCUCUCCAUCUCCCACGUCAACAGUCUGAAGGUGGAGUCUGGCUGCGCCGCGCCGGGCGAGCAGCCCAAGUUCCUGGGGAUCAGGGAGCAGCGCGUCACGGGCUUCAUGAUCUUCGUCCUGAUGGGCUGCUCCGUCUUCAUGACGUCUGCGCUGAAGUUCAUCCCGAUGCCGGUUCUGUACGGAGUCUUCCUCUAUAUGGGAGCGUCCUCGCUCAAAGGCAUCCAGCUGUUCGACCGUAUCAAGCUGUUCGGCAUGCCGGGGAAGCACCAGCCCGACCUCAUCUACCUGCGCUACGUGCCGCUGUGGAAGGUCCACGUCUUCACCGCCGUCCAGCUCUCCUGCCUCAUCAUCCUGUGGGUCAUCAAGGCGUCGCGCGCCGCCGUCGUCUUCCCCAUGAUGGUUCUGGCGCUGGUCUUCAUCCGGAAGCUUCUGGACUUCUGCUUCACUAAGAGGGAGCUGAGCUGGCUGGACGACCUGAUCCCAGAGAGCAAGAAGAAGAAGGACGACGAUAAGAAGAAGAAGGAGGCGGACGCUCAGUUGAUGAUGGAGGAGACGGAGGACGAGGCGCCCUACGAGCCACAGAGCAUCCGGAAGUUCCCCAUUAAAUCCCUGAAGGGACGCUCCGACCCGUCUGAGGUCAACAUCUCGGAUGAAAUGGCCAAAAGUGGAAUCUGGAAAUCCGUCUCCAAAAACUCUGAAGGAGGCAAAGGACUGAAACGCUGCAAAAGUCAGGAGAAGCUCCCCAGCGUCCAGAUCAGCGUGGAGGACGAACAGAGGUUUGUGGACGCUGAGACGGCGUUAUGAUCCUUCAGCAGACGUCUGGAGGACAAUGUGGGCGGAGCCUGGAUGAGGACCAAUCAGCUUCCGGCUCGUUGUUCUCUCAACAGAAGCUCUUUUAUUUCCUCAUCGUUUUAUGGUGAAACAUGGAGACUCCUCAGGUUACUUUGGUUUUUACUUACAUGGUCCGCCGCUGCGCUCUGAUUGGCCGAACGCCGUACUCAGACUCUGAUGAAUGUUUGAUUUCGAUGCGCUCAGCUCCCGCCUCCCACAGACUGUUUAUUUAAUCCAACGUGCUGAUUGGUGUUAGUGUGAGAGAGAGGGUGUGUGUUUGUUCACCGUGAUGCCUGCAGGUCAAACCUCAGCACAUGUUUUCUAGUUUCUUUGUAAAUUUUUAAUAAAUCAGUUUUGAAGCAAAAA